AUGGAUCUCUGCGGUUGGUCAAAUGAUCAGAACAAUUGGCGACACGCCUGGUCGUUGUCCGAUCAGAUAGAAACACAUUCGCUACAAGAGAAACUAACUACCGCAAUCGAUCGAGCACUUUGCUUGUCCGCAACUGACAAACUGAAUAAAUUCUCUCGGGGACGUUCCAGUAGCUCAACACGGCGUCACCAAGUGUCCAAUUCAAUAGAUGAACCGAUUCAAGCCCGUUUGUGGAGUCCUCAAUUCCUUCGGGAAGAUAUGCUUCAAUCUGGAUCGUUGUCCAAGAAGUUGCUCGAUUGUGAUUAUACACGCAAUUCGUCCGCACAGUGCCGUUGGAAUCCGGACCACAAUGAUUGGGGUCGUUAUCGUUGGCGUGUCCAAUCAAUCAGUUCACUUUUGGCCCCAUCCACUGAAGAAUCUGCUGCCCAUUUUGCGCUCUGUUUGCAUAGACCAGCCACGAUCCGAACCACAGAGACACUGAUUUCGCGAUUGUGGAGUCCUUCUGUCGGCGAUGGGAAAGAGGAAGAUUCAGAGGAGCUAGACAGCUUCAGCUCGGACGAGUUUAACGACGCGACAAUUGAUUUUGCAUCAGCGUUUCACAAACCAGUUUUGAUGGACAAGAUCGGCAUGCCCCAGUGUUUGCAAGUGUCCUAUCGUUAUUUUCCUGGGAGACUGAACUCAAAUAGUGAUAUGUCUUUCAACCGUUUGGGCAACAAUAGUCAGCCGACAUUGGCUUUGUUGAAACGACAAAAAGGGUGA